GAAACUUUCCGUCAUCUUCAUAUCAAACUGUAGCUUUCUCGGAUACUUUGUAGUGAACAACGAUCCGAGCUUUUUCGGAAAUGAAGGACGUAUUCACUCCGGACUGAAAAGGCGUUCUUUUUAUGACUUUUACUCAUUCAUUUUCUCUUCAGUAAUCCUUUAGAGUUAACACUUUUACAGUUUUUGCUGGACUCUACCGGAGUUUUGACACCCAUACGAUGGCCGAUAACAAGCACCCGCAUGUUAUUUUCUGCAACGACUCUCCCAAGAGAGUUUUGGUGUCCGUUAUUAAGACCACACCGAUCAAACCGAGGAAAGCGGAGGCCCUGACGCCGACAAGUCCCGGUUUCAGCGACUUCAUGGUCUACCCGUGGAAAUGGGGGGAGAACGCCCACAACGUGUCUCUGAGCCCGGGCUCAUUGAGCGGGGCUUCGUCCCCCACCGGGACCCAGACGGCCAGGGAGGCGGACACGGACCCUUCAUCCGACCAGAUCAGGGAUGGCAUCCGCAGAGGGCGUCCACGUGCAGACACUGUCCGGGAGCUCAUAAACGAGGGGGAGACUUCAUCCAGCCGUAUUCGCUGUAACAUCUGCAACCGAGUAUUUCCCAGAGAGAAGUCUCUUCAGGCCCAUAAGAGGACACACACAGGAGAGAGGCCCUACCUGUGCGACUACCCGAAUUGUGGGAAGGCGUUUGUCCAGAGUGGCCAGCUGAAGACGCACCAGCGGCUGCACACUGGGGAAAAACCCUUUGUCUGCUCGGAGAAAGGAUGUGGCAAUCGGUUCACCCAUGCCAACCGUCACUGUCCCAAGCAUCCUUUCUCCCGCCUGAAGAGAGAGGAACCAAAGGAGGGCCAGGGGAAGGCUCAGUCUGUGGAUAACAAGGCUGUGGCAGAGUGGCUGGCAAAGUACUGGCAAACCCGUGAGCAGCGCGCCCCCACAACCACCAAGGUGAAGCUCCAGGGCAAGGCACGAGGCGAGGACCAGGAGCAGCAGGAUCCCAUGGAGUUCCUCCAGUCCGAUGAGGAGAACGAGGAAGACGAGGAGAAGGUCGAGGAAGAGAAGGGCGGCCAGGGAGGAGCCGCCAAGCGCCGCCUCCAGGAGCAACGGGAGCGUCUCCACGGUGCCCUGGCACUCAUUGAGCUGGCAAACAACCUGUCACCCUGAACACCAACCCCCCUCUCCCCUUCUUCCUGACCCCGGACCCCCAUUCCCUGUCCCUCAUAUCUCCAUUCCCAACCCCGCCUUCCUGCAGUAUGUGCUGUUGCUAAAAAUGUGUUCAUCAAUGCAGAUCAACGACUAGUUUAGUUUAUUCCAUCAAGUUGCAAAAACAGACUUUGAGAGCGAGCUGAAUUGGCCAGAGAUCAGUGUUAUGCACAGUCCCAUCUACACCCCCACCCCAACCCCACAGCACCAGGAAGGCACAAGCUAAAGCACCUUAUUCAGCUUCCAUUUUAUCCUUUUUUAGGCUGCUAUAAUUGUAGAUUUGACUAUAUGAAGAAUGUCUUUCUUUUUCUCCUGUCUUCUAAAGGCAAAGAAAGAGUACCUAUUAUGUUUUAAUUUGUUGUGUUUGCACUUUGAUGGGUAACGAGUUUUUGUUUGAGUGUAAUGAGAGUGUAACAGAGUGUGUAUGACUGAUGUGUAUAUAUAUGGAUUAAGCUCCGAUGGAGAGAAUGAUACAGGGUGUGGUCAAACAUAGGAAAUGUUAACUUGCAUUCCAACUGUCAGGAUGGCCUCUCAUCAUGCGCCAAGGUUUCAUCUCCAGCGUUGCAAAGCACAGUUUCACUGCCACAAUCACGACAGCAGUGGUGGAUGAAAUGGACUGAGAAACGCACAGAUGGUUUAAGCCUCAACCUGUGCGGCGCGGCAAAAAGGACUGUUCACAGGAGGACUAAAAGGAGACAAAAGUCCAGCGAGCUGGAUCGUUCUGGCAUGUGACAUGGACCGUUUCUAUUUGCCAAUGAGAGGUGAUCAUUGCAAGCCUAAUCCACAGGUCUGGUUAAGCACACUUUCUUUCAAAAACAAUCCCAAACUUUGACAGUUUCCCAACUUUAUCAUGAUAUAUACACAUAAUUGUAUCCGUAUGACAUUGCCAGAGGCGCACAGGAAAAAGUUCACCUCCAGCCAACUAUACAGUCUUACCGAUUUAGUUCAGUAAUCCGCAAUAUAUUUAAAGGUCCAGAGUACCUUUUUAAAGACAUGCCAUGUUCACAUUUUAACAGCCGUUUUCCACACAUACAAGAAUAGGGUGUAAAAACCUGCAGACCUUUUUAAGUUGUUUUCCAACCAGACGGGAGAUGUUUUACAAUGAA